AUGUCUAGGAAGCAUAUCAGACGACAAUCUUUAGUUUCACAAAUCCAAUCAUUCCCAUUUGAUUUAUAUUUAUAUAUACAUGAACUUCAUGCAUCUAUUGAUUGGGAUGAAUAUAAUUAUAUCAUUGCUUUACCAUUAGGUAUAAUUUUUAUCACAAUUUUUUCAAUCAUUCAAUCAAUUUUAAAUUAUUAUCAUUAUAUAAAUAAACGAUCACAAAAUAUCUUGUUUGAUUCUGAUUAUAUUCAUUAUGAAAAUUUGAAAAAUGAUAUAAUUUAUAAUUCUGGCAAACUACAACAAUUACAAAAAAGUGCUAAUUCUAUUGGUGAUACGGAAAUUGUUGAUACUCCAUUUACAACUACUAUUUUAUGGGGAUUAAAAUUAUUCAAUUGGUUUAUUAUAUUUAUUGGUUUAUUUAAUAGUAUUAAAUUAUUUACUAAAAGGAAAAGUUAUGGAUUAUUAUAUUGUAAAUUAAAACCAAAAUCGAAAAAUGUUUUUAAAUCUUCAAUAGAAAGAUUAUCAUAUAUUAUUGAAAUUUUAGCAUUUUUAUUGAAAUUUUUCCAAAAUGAGCAACCAGAAGAAGAAGAGGAAGAACCAGAAAAUAGUUUUAAUGAAUCAUCAAUUAUUAUGGAUUCAACUAAUGAAUUGAUUGAUGAUAAUGAAAUUUGGCAUUUAAAUGUUUGGAAUCCUUCUAAAUUUUCCUUGUAUUUAUUUAUUGGUCUUAAUCCAAUAAAUCUUUAUAUUGUCUAUUAUUUAAUUGGUGAUAACAAUGAUAAUACAUUUACUGGUGAUUCGAGUUAUAGUAUCACAUAUCCAUCAUAUUUUUAUUUAAAUGUGAUAAUUUUAAUAUGUUUAAUCAUGAUAAUUUGUUAUAAACUUGUGGAAAAUUUUCUGCAAUUAAUUAAUGAUAAACAAAUUUUAUAUCAAGAAAUGUUUCAAGAAUAUAAUAAAAAAUUCGUUAACCCCAAAGUUAAUCAAUUGAAAAAAGAUGCCAUGAUAGAUGCUACUAUGGGACCUCAUUAUCUGAUUAGUUUAAAUGAUGAAAAACCUUAUGCAUUUAGUAAACUGAAAGUAUUUAUAACUCAUGAUAUUAAAGGUAAACCAAUAACUGAAUAUGGUGAUAUUGAUUCACAAAUUUUACCUCAACAAUUGGAAUUAGAACCGGCAACUUCAUCUUGUUCUACAGCAAUUAAUCUGAGAUUAACUAGUAGAGCAAACAGUGUUUUACAUUAUAAUGAUAAUGAUGAUGGUUAUCAAGAUGAUUAUGAUGAUCCUAGAUAUUAUGAUAGAGCAUUUAAUACUAGUUCUAAUUGGAAUCAAAAUCGUCGUUAUCACCAACAACAAAACCCACGUUAUAGUAAUAAUAACAACAAUAGAAAUAAUGAAAACCUAAUAAUGAAUACACCAUCAACGUAUUUACCUCAACCAUCAAGAUAUUCAACUCAAACACCAUCAUUAAAUAGCAAUUUAUCAUUUAAUCGAUAUGAUAGAACUCCUAGUCCAACUCGGGGUAGCACCACUACUAUUGGUCGUCGAUACUCAAAUCCUAUUAAUAACAACUCAUUACACUCACCAUCAACAAUUAGAUCAACAGGAACUAUACGUUCAAGACCUACUAGUCCUAAUAAAUUAUCACCAACAAGACAACCACGAUUAGAAUUUGAUGGAAUUGGCAAUACAGCAACAGCAACUACAAUGAACAACAACAGUAAUAUAGCUGAUCAAGAUAGAUUUUCUCCAUUUAAAUCACCAUCUCCAAUACAUCGAGGAACUUAUCAUAAUCAAUCUUCUCCAAACACUAUUAAUCCACAACAAUUACAACAAUCACAGUAUAAUGCAUUUGGAUAUCCAAAUUCAUAUCGAUCACCAUCUCCUACAAGAAGAAGACCCUCAGAUUCUCCUGAAAGACCAAGACCUGGAUGGAGGUGA